AUGGGCCUUUUGGACAAGCUCCGGGCCCGUCCCCGGCGCAGUGCGGGGCACGCGACCGAGGCAUCGCCCUCCAACUCGCCCCGCCCGCUGAGAAGCACCGGCUGCGACUGGACGCGCAGGCUGCCCCGGCCGGUGCUGGCCUACAUCUUUGCCCUGACCUGCCCCCACACCCUCGACGACUCCUAUGACACCUCUGAGGAGUCCAUGAGCGAUGGCUGCAUGCUCUGUGACAUGCGGGACCUCGCACACUGCGCGCAGGUCUGCCGGCGAUGGUUCAUCGAGGCCCGCGUUCUGCUAUAUACCCAUAUCCGCAUCGACCCGGUCCAUUACUGUGAGCUCGAGGUGCAACUGGCCGCCAAACGCAAACGCCGCUCCUUCUUUGAUCGCAACGGCGAUCCGAUCGAUGCCCCACAGGUCCGCCUGGAGCUCCUCAUGCGGACCGUUCGAGAAGAUCAGAAGCUUGCUAACAGGGUCCUCUCGCUUCGCAUGCCAUACAUGACCCGCGAAGCCAACAAAGCAAACAUCGCCCGAACCAUCUCCGUGCUCCAUAACCUCCGCUUUGUUGAUCUGCCGUCCGGCCUGUUCAGCGACGAGCCAUCAUGCACGGCGUUGAAACAGGAACUGAUCGUCCAAUGCCCCGAUCUCCGUCGAAUUAGUUACCGGCACGGCGCCGAGGGAAGCUUCGCCCGACUGCCGGGCUCUCAGCUGUGGACAAAUCUGGAGAAACUAGAGCUGUCCGGGCUCCAGAUUGAGGCCGGGACCCUACGUAAUGGAUUAGCAUCGUUCUCGAAACUGCGGGACCUCACUCUGGAAGAUAUGCCCUGGCUCGAUGACUCGGCUUUCCUGAUGAGACCUCCUUUCCCACCCAUCCCCGCGCUUUUGAAUCUCACCAUCCGAGAUACCCCCAAUGUAACGGCGGCUGGGAUUGUCUCGUUUCUCUCCUCCCCCUACACGCAGAAUGCGCUACAGUCCUUGACCCUCUCAUCAACUGACGUGAUCCCGUCGACCUUGCACCAAAUACUCGCAGCAGCCCCACGACUCACCAGUCUCUCUAUCAUUCAGGAUGUCCGCCGGUCUUUCCCAGCUGAGCAGGUUCCUCCCUUGACUUCGAAUUCUCUGCGUUUGCUGCAUUUCGAGAUCACCUCUGAGACCGAAACCCACGGAUUGCCCCCGGUGGCAGGCUCGUACUACACCUACCUCAUUUCCUCCCUAAUGUCCCGUUCUCUCCCGGCUCUCCGCGAUUUGUACGUGCGGGAUGCCAACUUCCCCGAUACGCUUUUGUUGGCACCUCCUCCCAGACUCUUCGGUGGAGGCGAGGAUGGUCCUCAGUUGAGGAACCGUGGCCUUACGCAGCCCUUGAACGUAUAUAGCAAGGGUCUUGAUGAGCUUGAGUGGAAUUUCACCCCUUAUGACCCGGGCACUGUCUACGGACGGGGUGGUGCAAAGACCCGACCAGUCAGUUUCCAUGAAGCGCAGUUGAAUCGGUCAUGGGGCGGGGAUUCCCGCAAGAGCGUGCUGGUGGGCAACGGCUUUGGCGGGUUCCUGGCCGUACCGGCAGACGAGAACGAGCGCCCCAAGAGUAGCGGGGGAUACAAGCGAUCCAGCCGACAGGACCUCUGGCGAUGA